AUGGCUCCAAAUACACAGCUUGAGAUCAGUGUCAUUUGCGCUUCGAAUCAGAACCGCAGUAUGGAGGCACACAAUUUACUCAAAAAUGCUGGUUACCAGGUGGAUUCGUUUGGUACAGGAAGCGCAGUACGUCUUCCGGGUCCAAGUAUCGACAAGCCCAAUAUUUACCCAUUUGGAUAUCCUUACGAUAGUAUUUAUAAAGAGCUAGAGUCGCAGGACUCUCGUCUUUAUACGGCGAAUGGGCUCCUUAAAAUGUUAGACAGGAAUCGACAUAUCAAGCGUGCUCCUAAUCGCUGGCAAGACCAAGAGUUUAUAUACGACGUGGUAAUCACUUGUGAAGAACGUUGUUAUGAUGCCAUCUGUGAAGACAUGUACCGUCGAGGUGAAUCAAAGAGUCGACCUGUCUACUUGAUUAAUGUCGAUAUAAAAGACAAUCACGAAGAAGCAAGCGUUGGAGGCAAGGCCAUUCUUGAUCUCGUGCAACAGUUGACAGAUGCCAAGGACUCUUUUGAGGAUGAAUUUACCAAUAUCAUGGCUCAAUGGCAAGCCAAACACCCAACUCUUCCUGCUCUUUAUACGAUUCAUUUCUUUUAA